AUGGGGAUGGGGGCGGGGAGCGCGUGGGCGAUGGCCGCCGCGCUCGCCGUCUUGCUUCUCGUCUGCUCUGGCGCCGUCGCUGUCGCCAGGGCGCAGGACACCGAGCGGAUCGAAGGAAGCGCUGGUGAUGUGCUCGAAGAUGAUCCCGUUGGGAGGCUCAAGGUGUAUGUCUACGAGUUGCCGACCAAGUACAACAAGAAGAUGGUGGCUAAAGAUUCUCGGUGUCUCAGCCACAUGUUUGCUGCAGAGAUCUUCAUGCACCGCUUCCUAUUGUCUAGUGCGAUCCGGACUUUAAAUCCAGAAGAAGCUGAUUGGUUCUAUACUCCAGUAUACACCACAUGUGAUCUCACACCAUGGGGCCAUCCCUUGCCCUUCAAGUCUCCACGAAUAAUGAGAAGCCUUGAUUCAGUUCAUUUCAAUCGUUGGCCAUACUGGAACAGGACAGAGGGAGCAGAUCACUUCUUUGUUGUGCCACAUGACUUUGGUGCAUGCUUCCAUUACCAGGAAGAGAAGGCUAUCGAGCGAGGAGUCCUUCCAUUGCUUCGCCGUGCUACAUUGGUCCAGACUUUUGGGCAGAAAGAUCAUGUCUGCCUAAAGGAAGGCUCCAUCACCAUCCCACCAUAUGCUCCUCCUCAGAAGAUGAAAACCCACCUUGUUCCCCCAGGGACCCCUAGGUCGAUCUUUGUAUAUUUCCGUGGUUUAUUCUAUGACACUGCAAAUGAUCCUGAGGGUGGUUACUAUGCAAGGGGCGCCCGUGCAUCAGUAUGGGAGAACUUCAAGAACAACCCGCUCUUCGACAUCUCAACAGACCACCCACCAACCUACUAUGAGGACAUGCAGCGUGCCGUCUUCUGCCUGUGCCCACUGGGCUGGGCCCCAUGGAGCCCCCGUUUGGUGGAGGCGGUGGUGUUCGGCUGCAUCCCGGUGAUCAUCGCCGACGACAUUGUCCUUCCCUUUGCGGACGCAAUCCCGUGGGAGGAGAUUGGUGUCUUUGUGGUUGAGGACGACGUCCCGAAGCUGGACACCAUCCUGACAUCCAUACCGAUGGAGGUGAUCCUCCGGAAGCAGAGGCUCCUCGCGAAUCCAUCCAUGAAGCAGGCCAUGCUGUUCCCACAGCCCGCCCAGCCCGGGGACGCCUUCCACCAGAUCCUGAACGGGCUGGCGCGGAAGCUGCCACACGGCGAGGGCGUGUUCCUGAAGCCCGGGCAGAAGGUGCUGAACUGGACCGAGGGCCCCCGUGGCGACCUGAAGCCGUGGUAG